AUGAAUCUUGAGGCUUUGGAAGCUAUGGAAGAUCUCAGAGCUAAGCGUGAAGAUUUGAAUCAAGGGUCACAACAGAGGAGGAGGAGGUCGGCAAAAGCUUGCUACAACCGAGAUGACAUAUGGGAGAAGGUGGAUUUAGAGAUUGGAGUCCCGUUUCCAGCACCAGAAAACCGAUGCAAAGUAGUCUUCACCACUCGUCGCCAAGACGUUGGAAAGAACAUUAGGAAGCGAUCAGAGAUCCCUGAGCUUGCAAAAGACAUUGCUAGAAAAUGUGGUGGCCUUCCAUUGGCGCUCAAUGUCAUAGGGGAGACCAUGUCAUGCAAGAAGACGGUGGAAGAAUGGCGUCACGCGAUAAAUGUUUUGACUUCGUACGCUACAGAGUUUUCUGGCAUGGAAGAUAAGAUCCUUCCGCUUUUGAAGUAUAGCUACGAUAAUCUUAAGGAUAUUAUCAAUGGAAGUGAUGGAAUAGAAAGGGCUGAGAACAAGGGGUAUGAGAUAAUUGGUGAUCUUGUUCGUGCAUCUUUGUUGAUGGAAGAGGCUGAGAAGAUGGAACAAGAAGUGGUGCGUAUGCAUGAUGUUGUUCGCGAAAUGGCAUUGUGGAUUGCAUCUGAAUUGGGAAGAGAAAAGGAGGCUUUCAUUGUGCAUGCAGGUGUAGGGUUAAGUGAAAUUCCAAAGGUUAAGAAUUGGAACAGUGUGAGAAGGAUGUCACUGAUGAAGAAUAAGAUUCGCAAUCUAGCUGGCAGUCCUGAAUGUCUGAACUCACACUUUUCUCAUGCAACGGGGAGAAUUGAUACAGGUAUACGUCAUCUCCCUAAGGGUCUACAAGAGUUGAAAAAACUCAUUCACUUGGAUCUCGCUCCACAGGUUGACGAGUUGUACACGAUUUCUGGGAUCAUGAAAUUGGAAUCAACUGGAAUAGCAAUUCCAGUAACCAUGAACAAGCUCGUUAUUUCAGCAUUACGCUGCACUAUCUCUGAGAUAAAGAUGGGAAGUAUAUGCAACAAAAGCAAGACGGUUUCUCCUCUACACAAUCCGAGAGAGCCAUGCUUCUUGAGCCUCUCCAAGUGUAUAAUAAUUGCAGGCCUGAGGGAGCUGACGUUGCUGAUGUUUGCUUCAAAUCUUAAAGAACUUGAUGUUUCGGUGCAGAUCAACUAG